AUGGAGACGAGGUGGUGUUUACGACCAGUGUCGACGACACCUCGGCUGGCUCCGACACGGAUUCCGACAUCAAAGGAGACGAGGAAUUCUUCCACGGCUGUUUGUGGACUUAUCGUCAGCAGGUGUCGCUUUGCCAGGGCGGCAGCUGUGGAGAGGCUGAGGCAACGAAGGCAGAAUCCAGACAAAAGCGAAGCAUGUGGAACAGAGAGCGACAGCCUUCAAAGUGCUGGUUGCCAGAUUCUGGCGCACGACUUCCAGCGCCACUUGCUCGCCUUCUACACGAACAGGUCGGGGACGGCACCUCCGCCCUUGGAGGCUGCGUCGUGGUUGGUGCUGGCCACAUCGCCGGAGCAGCGCCGGGAGGUGUUCGACAGCUGCCAGGGGCUGAUGGCCUCGGCGCUGAUGCUCGUAGCCGAGGCCUUGAGCUUCGCUGGCCAAGACGCCAUGGCCAUGAGCUUUGCCCAGGAAGCCCAGCUUUAUGCCGAGACACUGCAAAGAACGGUGCCGGAUCAGUUUGAAACCAUGGUGGAGAUGUUUCCUAUCCGCGAGGCCUGGGCCGGUUUCCAGGAGCUCCUGGCGGCGCCCAG